CAUUCUCCGUCAGUCGCCAUUUUACCAGUCGCUUUUUUCCUAAUAAUUUACCUUCCCGCCGGAAUAAUACAUUUACUUUUUAAUAGUAAUGGCAUCGAUUUUGAAACAAAUGCAUCGGCAGGAUUGGAUUAAAAUAAUUCAGAGACCUAUGGUUUAAAACAGGGUGGACAUAUUUAGGCGGUGCCAAGCAACGUGGUUGUCCGUCUCUCUGGUCCACCGGGCCGGUUCGCUGCGCAGGUUUGGAACGCGCGCCAUUUUGUGAAAUUUACAAAAAAUCUUAUCCAAGAAAACAAGGCAUAUAGCAAAGGACACGGCAAUUAUUUUACACAUCUGGGGAGGCUGCACAUUUUAUUAUCAGAGACUGUUGUUGUUACUCCCACGGAGAGGAGCCAUCAACAACUAUAGCUAAUUUUCUGUGGUUAGCUAGUUAGCUAGCUGUCUCGCUAGCUAGCUAGCUAGCUAACUCCCCCAAAUGUAGCUAGCUAGCUGGCUAGCUAUGUUUUCUCACCGUUCGUCCCAAAAGCUAGCUAGCUAGCUAGCUACGUGUGUUUGUUUUUAGCUAGCUAGCCAGCUAGCUGACGGAGAUAUACGCCGUUGGUUUGGAAAUUGAACUGACACCAGUCCGGAGGAGUGAGGAUUGGUUCGAAAAUUUGGAGGGCUCCUUACAGGAAAGGAGAAGCUGGAUCCUACUUCGCCCCAUGGGUUAUGGGACUUUAAAUGAAGAUCACAUCAACACAAAUCUACACCAAUGAUUGUCCUGGCAAUAGACAAACUAGACCACCCAACAGUGAGAGUCUCUGUUGUAAAGGAAGGGGUAGUACCACCCGAAAACCACUUGCAAGUUGGCCUAGUCGCUUGUGGUUUGCUGCUGGACUCUCCUCCCAGGAUGAUAUGAGAUUUAACAGGCGACGAUGCAUACAGGAGGAGAGAUUUCAGCAUGCAAACCUUCGUCCGUCCGGCUCGCACCCUCGUUUUCUUUCCACGCUGCUGGUCUUCAGGUGGCUCCACAGAUGCCUCAUUCGCUCCAGCAGUACAGUGACUGUCACCAGCAGACUACGGACCAGCCUGUCACCGUGCUGUCGUACAGCGACCAGGCCCAGCAGACCACUGCCAACCAGGGGAUCCCUGAUAUUGUCAUGUUGCAGAGGCUCGUGCCCCAGUGCUUUCGUGACCCAGCGACGGCUCCUCUGAGGAAGCUCUCUAUCGACCUGAUCAAAACCUACAAACACAUCAAUGAGGUAUACUAUGCAAAAAAGAAGCGGAGGCACCAACAGGCCCAGGGAGAGGACUCCAGUCACAAGAAGGAGAGGAAGGUCUACAACGAUGGCUAUGACGACGACAACUACGACUACAUCGUCAAGAAUGGGGAGAAGUGGAUGGACCGAUAUGAAAUCGAUUCCCUAAUAGGCAAAGGGUCAUUUGGCCAGGUUGUUAAAGCAUAUGACCGAAUGGAGCAGGAGUGGGUGGCAAUUAAGAUCAUCAAGAACAAGAAGGCUUUUCUCAAUCAAGCACAGAUUGAAGUGCGGCUCCUCGAGCUCAUGAACAAACAUGACACGGAGAUGAAAUACUACAUCGUUCACCUGAAGCGUCACUUCAUGUUCCGGAACCACCUCUGCCUGGUGUUCGAGAUGCUGUCGUACAACCUGUACGACCUGCUGAGGAACACCAACUUCCGCGGCGUCUCGCUCAACCUGACGCGCAAGUUCGCCCAGCAGAUGUGCACGGCGCUGCUGUUCCUGGCCACGCCCGAGCUCAGCAUCAUCCACUGCGACCUCAAGCCCGAGAACAUCCUGCUGUGCAACCCCAAGCGCAGCGCCAUCAAGAUCGUCGACUUCGGCAGCUCCUGCCAGCUGGGCCAGAGGAUAUACCAGUACAUCCAGAGCCGGUUCUACCGCUCGCCUGAAGUGCUGCUGGGGAUGCCUUACGACCUGGCCAUAGACAUGUGGUCCCUGGGCUGCAUCCUGGUGGAGAUGCACACUGGAGAGCCUCUCUUCAGCGGAGCCAACGAGGUGGAUCAAAUGAAUAAAAUAGUUGAAGUUCUUGGUAUCCCUCCCAAUCACAUAAUGGACCUGGCGCCCAAAGCCAGGAAGUUCUUUGAGAGAUUGUCAGAUGGCACUUGGGGUGUUAAGAAGACCAAAGAUGGCAAAAGGUAUAAACCGCCGGCCUCCCGAAAGCUCCACACCGUGCUGGGGGUGGAAGCCGGGGGCCCGGGCGGGCGUCGGGCCGGGGAGUCGGGCCACGCCGUAGCAGACUACUUGAAAUUCAAGGACCUCAUCUUAAGAAUGCUGGACUACGACCCCAAGAGCCGCAUCCAGCCCUACUACGCCCUGCAGCACAGCUUCUUCAAGAAGACGGCCGACGAGGGGACCAACACGAGCAGCAGCGUGUCCACCAGCCCCGCGCUGGAGCAGUCGCAGUCUUCAGGAACCACGUCCAGCACGUCCUCCAGCUCAGGAGGUUCUUCUGGCAUGAGCACGGGCGGUCGGGCGCGGUCCGACCCCACGCAUCAGCACCGACACAGCGGGGGGCGCUUCAGCGCGGCGGUGCCAGCCAUCGACUGUGACAACCUCUGCCCGCAGGUGAGACAGCCGUACCCUCCGCCCGGAGUGUGGGCGGGCGGCGUGGGCUCGGAGCCGGUCACCGUGGAGACGCACCCGGUGCAGGAGACCACCUUCCACGUGCCUCCGCAGCAGCCCAAGGCCCUACACCCCCACCACCACCCGCACCACCUGCACCACCACCUGCAGCACGGGCCCGCCCCCGCCGCCCGGCCCCGCCCCCGCCUCUACAACUCCCCCACGAGCAGCGCCUCCACCCAGGACUCCAUGGAGGUGGCGCACGGACACCUGUCCAUGACCUCCCUGUCUUCCUCCGCCUCCUCAUCCUCCACGUCCUCCUCUUCCACCGGGAACCAGGGCAACCAGGCCUACCAGAGCCGUCCCAUGGGCGCCAGCGCCCUGGACCUGGGCCAGAACGGGGGCCUGGGCAUGGGGCUGGGGGCCUUCACCAACCCCCGCCAGGAGACGGGCAUGGCGGGGCACCAGGCGCACCAGGGGCCGGCCCACUACAUCACCGAGGCCCACCUGAGCAUGAGGCAGGGCAUGGACAGGGAGGAGUCUCCCAUGACUGGCGUCUGCGUGCAGCCCAGCUCGGUGGCCAGCUCGUGACUAAACUGACAAUGGGUUUGUUGUUUUUUUGUUUUUUUUUCCCCACCCGACCCAACACCCCCUCCCGCCCCCCCUCCCUCGUGUGUAUUUUUCAAGGUGGUGUUUUUCAAAGAGACGUGCGUAGAGAUCAAAAUGCUGCUUACUUCAGAAGGGAGGGAUCACUGAGCCGCUACUAAAAAGUACAGAGCCCUUUUUUUCCUUUAUCCGCCUUCGUUCUGUUCCUCCCUCAUUGUGUCGGUUACGAGCAGGGUAAGUAGACCUGCUCAGUGAGUACAUCGGGGAAAAAAAAGGACUGCAGCAUCCAUCAUCCCAUCUCACACGUCGUCGGUUAUCCCGUGCCGGAACGGGACCCAUCUUAUUAGCGGCGAGAGCUCUGUGUCAGUACUACCUGUGGGUUAGACAGCGAUUGCCGGAAGCUGUUCUGCCAAUUUGUUAUCGAAUCAUCAUUAAAAAUGCUGUUUACGUCCUCGCAGUUCAACCGGUUAAGUUCGCAUCGCAUUCACGGCGGCGGCGCGCGGUCGAUUCGCGCGGGUCUGUUUCCGCCAGAAACGCCCGGGGCACCACGGCGGUUUUUGGGCGUCGCUCUUUGCAGGGGGAGGCGGAGUCGGGGGUGCGUUGGGGGCGGAGCCGGACCCCCUCCAAGGAGAGCGGGACGCGGGGCGCUCUCCGGACGGCGGGCAUGCUGGGACUUUUUGGGCCCCGGACCGAGGAGAUGCACUGAAGAACACCCGACUGGUCUGCUGGGGGCCCGCUCUAGGGACGUCAGGCAGCGGCUGUCUGUUCAGAUAACCCUUCGGCCUUACGAGUAUUGGAUUCCGAAUGGAGAAAACAAACUGGACAUUUAUUAUUUGAAUAAUUGUUCAAAAAAGAAAGAAAGAAGCUUUCCUCUAUUCUAUUUUUGAUCUUUACACUGCCCUUAAUUCUUUUAAGAGAGAAGGAAACGACCGGGGGGGAAAAAGAGGUAUUUGAGAGUGGUGAUUUAAGAGGCCUUUCUUUAAAGAUUUCUCACUUUUUUUUGUGGACCCUGCGAUCGCGGGGGUCUGGUAAGUUCACACGCGUGUCCUAAACAUGGCGGCUUAAAUACCCGGAAGGUCACAGAAGUAGAGCGCGAUAGACGGAGUCUGUGACUGUGCUCUGUCCUGCUACUAACAUGCUUAUUUCUCUUUGCUUACUUCCCUUCAGCAUGUAGUUUCCCCCCAUCAGAGCAUCAGCACAGAGGUCCUGUGUUCAUUUUGAACAUUAAAAACGCAGAGUUUUUAUGUGACUGCUUUUAUCCCUCACAAUUAUGCUGUGAAUCCUACAACAAAAUUGUUUUUUUCCCCUUUGGGUAAUUUAUUGUACCAAAGCUGUUCUUUUAUAGCACAUAGAUGUCUGUAACCAAUAAUGUAGCAGUUCUGCACUUUGACACAAGGUUUAUGGAAAUGGUGUUAUUUUCCCCUUCACCCUUCCAAAUGUCAGUAUAAAAUGGCUGUAUCACUUGCUUUAGCAGAAGCCCAAACUGUCAAACUCCAUACAUUUACUGUUAGCUGUAUCCUGGAUGUAAUAUGGUUGAAUCAUUUUGCCCCCCCCCCCCCUAAAAAAUGGAGAAAAGGGUCUGUUUGUAGGAUACUGUUUUUAAGGCAUAGGAACUGGCUGUUACUCUGCAGGUUCCAUUCAGAUGGUUGACUGUUCCAGGCAAGAAGAACUACGCUGUAAAUGAAAUGCUGUGGUAUUACCAAGCCAUUUUACAAUCACUUCUUUCACUGGGAACUGCUGAAUUUUUAGGUACAUCGUUCAGUCAGUAUUGCUGAAGCUUCAAAUAAACUUUUAGCUCAAGUCUUAGAAUCCAGACAGUUUAAAAAGACUUUAAGCUUGAAUGGCUACAUGCACAAAAACGCCCCAUUCUAAGGUGAUGAAAGCCCUUUUAUUCUGAGAAAGACCAGUGAUGAUGCAUGCUGGAGGCCUACAGCUAAAACAAGAGCAAUUUGAAACAGCCCAGUCUUUAAAUCCCCUGCACUUUCAAAGUAAUUGAUCGUUUGCAACAUUUUAGCUGGAAGAGGCAGUGUCCUAAAUUUUCGUUGCAUUUGGCAACUCAACUUCCAGCUUAAAAUUGUUACACAUUGUAAAAUGCUAUUAUGGUAUUAAGCCUGUUUAUAAAGAUUGGAAUUUAAACCACAAAGCUGAGUAAAAGCGUCUGAACACAAUAUUUCUUAUAGCUGAUUUCUGACGGAAAGAACUAUGGAAGUGUAAAUAUGGGUGGUUCCACUCGGACCUUUCACCUCAGAGAUAGUCUAUCCGGGAAGUUUAGGGACGUCAAAUUUUAUAACCGAAUUUAAAACCUCCCCUGCUCCCUCCCUGUAACAGAUUGUUAUGUUACGCUCACAAAAAAAGUAGUUUGAUCAUUAGUCAAGUUUGUGAAUGGUGCCACAGACUUGCUUGAAGCCACACCUACUUACCACUGGGGGCAAAUCUUGCAUGGUGUGCCCACCCACAAACACGACUCAGUUUGGCUGCCAUUUCAUGGGAAAUGUAUCAACAAUUCACCAUAGUUUUUGUGAGUAGUAGGGUCAUUUUUCAUAGUUGAGAAAUUUAAAAAGUACUGUAAUAAUAGUUUUGUGCUUCAUACUACAAUAUUACAAUUUUAAAAAGUAACAAAAAAAAAAAGACAGCUUGAGGGAUUUCUGAACCAUACUGAGCAAAAUCUUAAGGAGAAAGCUAUACUCUGAUCGACUCUUCAAGUAUUAAGGUUUCAACCCCCGCCUUCCUUCCCACGCACACAUACACCCACGCACGCACACACACACACACAGGCACACACACACACACACACACACACACACACCCACACAUACACACAAGAUUUUAAUAGUAAAAAUAGAAUUUAUGUACCUAUUUAUAUAUAUUAUAUAUAUAUUUUUAAUAAAGGAAGUUAAGAACUCACCCCAUUUCUCCUGCUGGUAUUUUGAUUGCAUUAUUGUCAGUGUGGGUGCUAUUCAGUGGAAGGAAUUCUGUGAUUUUAGUUUAUGGGGAAACAUUGCUUCCAGGCAAUUUGACAAAACGGCUGUACAAUGUUCAAGUGUCAAGUUUUGAAACAGGAAACACUAGACCUCCGUACCUUAAAAGUACUUCAGACAGGGUAUUGCGUGUGCAUGUUUCUCAAUGAACCUGUUAGCCUUUUUCUUUUCUGUUGUUGUUGUUUAUAAAAAAAAAAAACUUAGUGCAAGCUUCAAAUGUGGGGCCAUUUUUACGUCCGAUCAUCGUACACUUAUUUGGUGCACACGACCAUCUAGACUGUAUAGUCUGUGCUUUGUCACCUUCUUUGGCCAUACAGUAUAAAGAAAUGUCAAAUUCUUCAUUAUUUUCAUUUAAAGAAAGAAAAAAAAAAAGCUACUCUUUGGAUUUUAUUUUUCUUUUCCGAUAUGCUUUGUCCCCUGGUCCGGUUUUGAAUGAUUGACUGCACAGUUUGGUUACAGGACGUCUGGCCUGCACUGUAAAGAUGAACAGCAUGGUAAAAGGCGAAGUACCUGUGUCCACGGAUCCUAUGAUCUAGUCAAGACUCUGCUGUGUAUAUGAUGAUGCCCUUUGUAUUAUAUUCAAGCGGUCUUAUGUAUGAUAUAUAAAAAAGAAGUUAAUUAA